GAGGCGCUGCUUUAUUCUAUGCUGUCCAUACGAACCACUUGCUUCUACUCACGGGGCAGGUUGUCUUUAUUCUAUGAGGAGGCAUUCUAAAAGUUUCAGGCCAUUCAUACGCGGUACUUGUUUACUCUGAUUUCCCGGGUGCACAGACUCUCAGGCAGUUUUAAAUGCAGGGAGAUGACGAACUUAAUCGAUAAAGAUACGAACGUUCGGGUGAGCUCGGUGCUCAACAGAGAUGUUACAAACUUUGGAAAAAAGCACCUCACUGAUGGAAACCAAGACACCUGUUGGAACUCGGACCAGGGAACACCUCAGUGGAUCUGUUUAGAUUUUGCUGCACCUGUUGCGCCUUCCGAAAUUCAUCUUCAGUUUCAAGGUGGAUUUGCUGGCAAAGAGGUGCAGAUCGAAGCAGCUUCUGCCAGUACCGGCGCGACAACGUGUUUUGGUAUAUUCCCAGAAGAUAGCAAUGCGUUGCAGAAGUUUAAUUUGCAGCUGGACAAUCCGGUGGAAAGGAUGCGGAUAGUGUUUCGCUCGAGCACAGACAUGUUUGGCCGGAUCGUACUGUAUCAUCUGGCGAUUUCCGGGGGAAAAUCGAAUGCAUAAUUCUGUUGCAAGACUGACUAUGUAAGCAACUCGCUGGAUUAGCACCUGUUGUGCAUAAUAAAGAACUACAUUAAAUGAA